UUCCUCUUAAGGUACGGCUCUUGGAAUUGCAAUAAAUGAUUAUGCUCAUUUCUAAGGCUCAGUACCUUUCAUUAUUCUCAAAUUCAAUAGUCCUACUUUUUUCUCUUCAUCCAUUCAAAAGGGAUUAUUAUUCAAAACUAACCAAGCAAACCCUAGAAGAGAAGUUUGCAUGUGUGUAUGCGUGCGUGCGUGUAUUGUAUAGAAUGACGAGUUCUCAAGAAAUUCUCUUAGUCUCGCGGUUGCAUGAGGCUAGGAGUGAUGAUACUUCGGAGGAAGAUGAAUUGGAGGAGGAGGAGGAUGAUGAUACUGAAUUCGGAGAUAUUAAUUUUCUUCAAGAUGGUGGUGAAGAAGUAACAACUUCGAGCAAUUUUGGGAAAAUCAUUUACAAUUUAUGUGGAGGGAAAGGGCACGGACGAGGACAAGGACAUGGAAAUUUAUUUGCCCUUGGGUCAGUUUUAGACCCAAGGGCAACAUGGGUGCAAGAGUGGAAUAGAAUAUUCCUUCUCGUCUGUGUCACUGGCCUUUUCGUGGACCCUCUAUUCUUCUAUGCACUCUCGAUUAGUGAGGCCUACCUUUGCCUCUUCGUUGAUGGGUGGUUCGCGAUCAUGGUCACCGUGUUGAGGUGCAUGACCGAUGUGAUGCACGUAUGGAACAUGUGGCUUCAACUAAAGAUGGCCAAGCACCCGCCUUAUAGGGGAGGGAAUGGUGACAUGAGUUUUGCUCGUAGGGUGGCUAUUGGAUAUUUUAAAGCUAAAUAUGGAUUCUUCUUUGAUUUGUAUGUGAUCCUCCCUUUACCUCAGAUUGUAUUAUGGGUAGUAAUCCCAUUUUUGGUAAGAAGAGGAUCAACAAAUGCAGUAAUUACAGUAUUGUUGAUCAUGUUCCUAUUCCAGUACCUUCCAAAGAUCUAUCACUCAGUUUGCCUCCUUCGUCGAAUGCAAAAAUUCUCAGGCUAUGUUUUCGGUACAAUCUGGUGGGGAUUUGCCCUUAACAUGAUUGUCUAUUUCGUCGCGUCACAUGUGAUCCUGGGAUCGAUUCUCAUCACUCGCUCAUGUGGCUCUCUUAACACCAAAAAUAGGGCAGCAGGAGCAUGUUGGUACUUGCUAGGGUUCCAAAGGGUAACCGAGUGUUUAAAGGACGAAUGUAGUAAAAUGCACGGGUGUAGCGCGAAAAUGCUAGCUUCCCAAGAGCCUAUCUACUAUGGUUAUAAAGCCUUGAUCAAAGAUCACGGCCGUAAUUUUUGGGCUUCCAAUAGAACAGCAAGGUCUAAUUGCUUGGAAAGUUACAAUAACUAUGAAUAUGGAGCUUACAAAUGGGUUAUUUAUCUUGUUAGCAAUAAUAAUCGCUUCGAAAAGAUACUUAUGCCUAUUUUUUGGGGGCUUAUGACUAUGAGCACAUUUGGAAAUUUAGAAAGCACAGCAGAAUGGCUAGAAUCUCUCUUUGUAAUCAUUGUCUUAACUACUGGCUUGCUUCUAGUCACCAUGUUAAUUGGUAAUAUCAAGGUGUUCUUGCAUGCAACAACAUCAAAGAAGCAAGCAAUGCAGCUUCGAAUGAGAAACAUAGAAUGGUGGAUGAAAAAGAGGAAAUUGCCUAAUAAAUUGAAGCAAAGAGUCCGUAACUAUGAAUGGCAACGUUGGGCUGCCAUGCGAGGGGUUGAUGAAUGUGAGAUGAUCCGAAACCUUCCUGAAGGCCUUAGGAGGGACAUUAAGUACCAUCUUUGUCUCGAUUUAGUUAAACAGGUGCCGUUAUUUCAGCAUAUGGACAACCUAGUUUUAGAGAAUAUAUGUGACCGUGUCAAGUCCCUUGUAUUCACUAAGGGAGAAACGAUAACCAAAGAAGGUGAUCCAGUUCGAAGAAUGUUAUUUAUAGUCCGAGGUCAUCUUCAAAGCAGCCAAUUUCUUAGAGACGGGGUAAAAAGUUGUUGUAUGUUAGGCCCUGGUAACUUCAGCGGAGAUGAACUAUUGUCAUGGUGCCUAAGAAGGCCAUUUAUCGAACGAUUACCACCUUCAUCAUCGACUUUAGUCACCCUUGAAACAACAGAAGCAUUUGGGCUAGAAGCCGAAGAUGUUAAGUACGUAACACAACAUUUUCGUUACACAUUUGUGAACGAAAAGGUUAAGAGGAGUGCAAGGUAUUACUCCCCUGGUUGGAGGACUUGGGCUGCUGUCGCGAUUCAGUUGGCUUGGAGAAGGUAUAAGCAUCGGUUGACACUUACUUCGUUGUCUUUUAUUAGGCCUAGAAGGCCAUUGUCGCGGAGUUCUUCGCUUGGGGAAGACCGGUUGAGGCUUUAUACUGCUCUUUUGACAUCUCCGAAGCCAAAUCAGGACGAUUUUGAGUUCUAAUUUGAGGAUUAAAAUUGUUGUAGUGUUAAGAACAAUGAUAUAUAUGGUGUAUAUGAAUAAGUUUUAUUAUCAUUAGGGGUUUUGAUUGUAGCAAUGCAAAUAAAUUUAUAUCCAUGUUUUUAUUCAUUUUAUACUAUGAUAAAUCUCUUGUUUAGAUUGUUAA